AUAUUUACGGCGGAAACAGACCGCUGAAGGACACGGCGAGAGAGAAAAAACUACAAGUACCGACAGAGGCUCGGUGUUCCGCGCAUGCGCACGGCUGACGGACUAAAAGAAACGCCGACUGGGCCGAAGGGAGCGACUCGGCUCGACCGCCGAUGCGAAAUCCAGCCCCAUCUGAUUCGUUACGAGUCUUCAACCGAAUCACUCGGUCCGGUUCACGACACCCACGCUUUCGGGGGAUCGAGCCGCCCGAGUUUGAGCGGGACGGCGGGUGAGAAAAGCCGCCGUUUGAUCCGACGCCGGGACCUCGGCUGCUGGGACUAGCGGUUAGGCUAACGCUAGUGGACGCGUCAGAGGCAGACCUGGGCCCGGGUCCGCUUACGUCUCCAGACCCGGAAAAAAAGGAGGGGGGGGCGGAUUGCAUCCUUUUGAAACCCGUAGAGCAAACGACACUUUGGGCCGGCAUGGCUUGCGGGGCGACUCUGAAAAGGACUUUGGACUUUGAUCCUCUCCUGAGCCCCGGUUCUGCCAAGCGGAAGAGGUGCGCCCCGGUCGUGUCUUCGGCUGCCUCCUCUUCCUCCCCGCAGAAGUACCUCCGCCUGGAGCCCUCGCCCUUCGGACAGGUCUCCUCCAGACUCACCACCGAGCAAAUUCUGCAGAACAUCAAGCAAGAAUACAAACGUUUCCAGAAACGGAGGCAUCUGGACAGCGCUUUCCAGCAGGCGGAGGGCUGCUGUCCCCCGGAGCUUCAGCCAGGCCACAAUGUGUCGGCUCCCCCAGGUACAUCCUGCGGUGCCUCAUCCCCGAACAGAAAAGAGCAGCCUCUGUUCUCCCUGAGGCAGGUGGGAAUGAUCUGUGAAAGACUACUGAAAGAGCGCGAGGAAAAAAUUCGGGAAGAAUAUGAUGAGAUUUUGACCGCCAAACUUGCAGAACAAUAUGAUGCCUUCGUCAAGUUCACUCAUGAUCAACUUAUGCGAAGAUUUGGAGAGCAGCCUGCCAGCUAUGUUUCCUGAGUGUGUCCGCAUGAUGCUGGGAAUACCGGUUUUUGCUGCAAGCUACUCCAGGGACUCAGUGGGUGUAGUUGGACUUAAUCUCCUACCUGUGCCAUAUUGCUUUUAUGUGGACACUGCCUCAAGCCUCAGUCAGUGGCAUCUACGUUUGCUGUUGCAGCUAGUGUUAGGAGGGUGUCCUGCUUUCAACAUGUUGAGCGGACCUUGUGACUCUACCAGUGGCCGCUUUAACCGCCAUGUUGAUAUUUAUUUGGCUUAAUUUUGUUGCCUUCUAAUAAGGCAAACUGCCAUCCAAAAAUAUCCACUUUUUUACUGUCAAAUGUAAUACUGUUGCAGAGUUGAUGUGAAUUGUAUAGCUAGAAUUGUAUGGCAAAUACACAAUUUAAAAGGGAUUGGUCAACCAUGGAUGGACAAACCAAGGCAGCCGUUAGAUUGUACUCUAGGCAUCUUUGCUUUUAUUCAGCAACGUUUCAAACUCUUCUGGCUAUUACUGGUAUGACAUUUUUACACACUGUAUUUUUUUUUCUUUUUACCAGAUUUUAUUAAAUUUAUUUGCAGUUGUUACAAGGUUUUGGUUCAAAGAAACAAAAUUUUAACAAAUAAACUUUACACAAAAAUGUCUCAGGUUGCUGCCUUUUUUUCGUACUCCGUUUUUGUUUUUGAAUUGGAGUGAAUUUUACCAUUUGGUAACU